AUGAGUUCCGAGUUUAGGGGCGGCCGUAGCGCAACAGGUUGUGUGCCUGUCUACGGCCCACAGGGUCACAAGUUCAAUCCCCGCCAACAAAGGGAUUUAAGAAAGUGGGAAACCACGACUUCGAAAAUCUCCAGUCGUCACACACAAGGACGGAAAUGUCACUUGAGCCAGUCCACUGAUCAUCAGGAUAGGACCUCGGCUAAUCGACUUGGGGCAACGACGCCGCUCAAGCGGUACAAAGGCGCAGGAAGAAAAAUAUGA